UUCACAUUCUGCCUGCGGUGGGGUGUGAAGAAAAUUCUGUGAAACGUGUUAAAACGUGCUCAGUGUAGUGAAAAUACGUGCGAUUUAAUUUAUCUGCGUAGAAAUAAGUGAUAUUUUCACAAAUUGGUGCAAUUUUUGCGUAAAAGUAGCAUUUCAGUGAAAUUCUGAUUGAAUUCAUUCAGUGCGGAGCGUUUGCUGGGUGAAAAUCAGUGAUUAAAUCGGCGCUUGUGAUUGUUGCAGAGAUAGCCUUGAAGUAGCUUCCGUAGAGGGGGAACUAUCUGGAUCAGGCAGAUUACGUCUUAACUUGGUCAUGUUAGAAUGUCUGUCACAACGGAAAAACGUCGUAUUUCAUCAAUUUUAAAGCCCUACCCAAAUCUGGACGGGUCGCGGCUGAAUGGAAGCUUGUCGCAGAAUAAGGUACAUUUUGAUGACCUCUCGGUAGAAUCGGUGCUGCAGGAUGCCCUGGAAAGUAAUCGGCUGCAGCGGUUCGAACACCUGCUGGCGGCCGUCAAGGAGGAACAGUUCGACGACGGAAAGUUCCAACAGGUCUUUAUCGAAUCGAAACGAAGCGUUUACCUGCUGAAUGCUAACUUCGGGAUGCUGGUGGAGGCUCUGCUGUCGGUGAACUGGGUUGUGAGAAGCGAAACGGCACGAGAGAUCUUUAUGGAGUUUGUGAUAGAACUGUUGGUAGCUCAUAGCAACUAUACGGCGCUGGCGAUUGCGAAACUGGUAUCACAGUUUGUUCCGAAAGAUGAAGAUCGUGCUGGCUGGACCCAUGGUGUUCCGAGUGAAGGAGUCCUGAAGGUGUUAGCUCCAGUGCACGAAUUGAUUGUGAGACUGAAGAAUGUCAUUCCUAUGAUUUUCAACGUAAUACUAGUGCAGUUGAGGAAACAGUUUCCAUACUUCAAGAAACCUACGCAUGUAAUCUGUGGAUACUUACAUAACAUACUGUGGAUGACGGAUCACUCUUCCAUGUUUUCCGAGGAAUUGCUGGAAAUCGUCUUCAACCGAUUGCUUACGAUCGAUGUAAAUACUCCACGUAACGAAAUCGAAGAUGCUGAAUUUCCCGAGGAUGAUCAGAUUUUCUCGAUGGAUGAAGAUCCAGUGGCGGCAGCAAUCGACGAGGAUGACAAAGAUGACAUUAUAAUGAAGCUACCCGUUGCCGAAACUCUGGAUUGCUGCAUGGAGAAGAUGUUCGUGUACAUUCAACAAAAAGCAUCAUCCGAAAAUGCCAGCGAUGCCGAUAGGAUGUUCAAAGUUUUGCUGGCCUUGUUCGAUAAGCAUAUUCUUCCGACGCACAACACGCACCAUGUGCAGUUCCUAGUGUUUUAUAUCUGCAGCUUUAAGCAAUCGUACGCCGAGUAUUUUAUUACGUAUUUAUGGAAACAGGUGUGCAAUCCGAAUGUGUCGACGCCGAUGCGGCAGGCUGCUGUAGGGUACAUUGCUAGCAUGCUGGCACGUGCAAAAUACCUUUCUUUAGUUCUUUUAAAAUCCACACUACAAGAAUUCUCCUACUGGGUGCACAAUUACAUUCAACGGAUGGAUUCGAUGCAUUACAAUCAAUCGUUAAAAGCACACAUGGUAUUCUAUUCAGUGUGUCAGGCCAUCUUCUACGUGGUCGCAUUCCGAAGCAAGCAGCUGACAUCCAGUGCAAAAAAUCUCACCUUCCUCCAAACGCUGCAGCUGUCAUCCAUCGUCACCUGCCAUCUCAAUCCGUUGAGAGUUUGCCUGCCGGCGGUGGCGACGGCCUUUGCGGGGGUGACCCGUGCCCACCAGUUGGCCUACUGUCACACGAUCUUGGAACGCAAUGCCCGUCGAAAGCUGGCAACCGUCUACAAAAAUGAAUCCCAAACGCCGGAGGAAUGUCUGGACACGUUCUUCCCGUUCGAUCCGUACAUGCUGAAGAAAUCCGGCAAGCGAAUCGAUCUCAUUUUCCUGCAGUAUCAGGCCAGCGAAGUGGAAGAGGAGCAUGGAAUCAUCAAUCCGUCGGAACCGAGAGGCCGCAAACGGUAUGAAUCCACGUCGGAAGAUGUAGACGAUUUCCUUCUGGAGAGCAAACGACUGAAAAACUGCCACGGCAACGGACAGGAUCCUGGGGAGCUGCACUUUACGUAUUCUUAUGGGGUGUCGCCGGGCUUUCAUAGCUAGAUACGAGAACAAUUCGGUUUUACUGGCAUACAUACAUUGUAAAUAGACCAUAUUACAUAUUCAUUUUUUGUCAUAA